ACGGCUGUUGGCCUUUUCAUUUUCCCCGAAGCCUGCAGGACCGAGUGGCGGGUUUCCCAUUCUCUUCGUUCCUUGGUGCUUUUUCCUUUCAUUUCUGUGUGCCACUUUUCCUCUGAGCGUAACAAAACACCAGAGCGUCUGGUCCUAGCUCUGCUCAUUAUCACAUCUGCCUGCGUCUCUACGUCGUGUGUCUCUCAGCUGUCACUUACCAGCCCCAGUCUUUGUUUGCUGCAUGGCAAAAUAGGUCGGAUUCGUGUGUGUGUGACAUCCGCGAACACCCUUUGAGUACACGUCUCAGGUGUCGGUACAUUGCACCUGUUUAUGUUUAGUGUGCCGGGGUACUCUGAGUGCAAAUCUAAUUUUGCAAUCCCUCCCAGUCUCUGGUGUGUUUGCACACACGUACACUCUCACACGUACAGGUUGUGAUUUUAUCAGUAAAACGAGCCACGGGAACCUUCUCUUUGCUCGGAUGCGUUUUCAUGCUGCUUGUAAUCUGGCUGCUCCGGCGAUAUCACUCCUUGGCUCAGAAGAUGAUUCUCAGCCUGACUGUAGCCGCCUUCUUCGACAGCGUAGCAUAUGUCAUGGGUGAAACCCAUCCGGAGGGAACUCUCUGUGACUUCCAGGCCUGGUGGCUGACAUACUUUGACUGGAGUGCCUUGGCUUGGGUUUGCCUCAUUACUCUGAACCUGUAUCUCAACCUGGUCAGGGAAAUGGGCACCAACAAAUAUGAAAUGUUUUACCAUCUAAUGGCGUGGGGGGUUCCUCUGGUCAUGGCCUCUCUCCCUCUGCUGAAGGGAUACUACGGCCCCGCGGGAGCCUGGUGCUGGAUCACAGACGGUCACGUAGCCUGGAGAUUUGGGAUAUGGUACGUGCCUCUCUUCACCCUCAUCUUCCUCAUGAUCUGCUGCUAUGCCAGAAUCAUCUGUGUGGCCAAUAAAAGAAUGCAGUCCUGGUGGGGAACCUUCAACCCCGAGCGAGAGAGACGAAAGGUGUCUUUGGCUGAGGAGAUCAAGCCGCUAAAGUGGUAUCCCUCCGUUUACCUGCUGGUGUCCAUCUUCCCCCUCAUUAACAGACUACAUAACGCCUUCUACCCUCAAGAUCCUUCGUUCCCUCUCACACUUUUACACGUCCUGUCAGCACCUCUCCACGGUUUGGCCAAUGCCUUUGUUUUUGGCCUGGAUAAAGAGUGGUGGAGUCUUCUAAGCCCAACUGGAUUGCAGCUGGCUCUGCAGUCACGGCUCUGCGACCGGACGCGAAUCGGAGAGUACUACCCCGGGGCGGUGCACUACACACAGGCGGACCUUAUCGACCCGAGCGAUGACGACGACGACGACACCAACGUCCUCUUCUACUCUCCUGACAUGACCCUGAAAGAUCGAGGUCCUUGAGAGGGAGAGAGACGAAAGAGCUGGGGGGAAAAGCACAAAGGAGGGUCAGAGCCAGAGAGAAACACGGCGGAUUAGAAACAGAGAGGAGGGGGGGGAGGCGAGCUGGGGAGGGAUUGGAGAGGAAGAUUGUGGGGACAGUCAGGCAGAUAGAAGCCGGAGAUGAGCUGUCAGGUUCCAUUAUUAAUCCCCAUCCUUUACUAUUUAAUAUCCUUAAGACACCCACCACACAUACAGAGCAGAGCUCCGCUUCUGUGCAACACGGAGUAUCUGAGAGCUCUAAAGCUCAGCCUAAUGUUAAAGGCAUCUGCUGCAUCCCAAAAGGACUCCGAAUGAUUUACCUCCACGAAGCCUGUUUUUCACUGCAUUCUGGAGCAUCUUAGCCUGCCAGAACAAAAAGACAAAAAAAACAUGACGCGCUGCUGAAAGGCAAUCAUAACAAGGUGCUUCUUAAGCACUCGCAGCAAUCACCGUUUCAGCUCCCCGCAGGAGAUGAGUUGAAGGCAGGCCUUUAAAAAUCACCCAGUAUGUCAACCCUUCGCUCUACCAUUAGAUUGAUCCUGGUACUACAUCAUUAUCCUGCCAAUAAGGGGGAUGUUGGUGUACAGUCGAAAUACAAAAAAAGAAGGCAGAGGGGGACAAGUCCGAGAGCACAGGCCCUCACUCGUUACUCAGGCAGUAUUAGUUUUCAGGCUUCCUCUCUGCCCGUAAAUGUUGCAAGUUCUGCACAAGUGCUCCUUUGACUUUGGAUUUUUGAUGAAAUGCUUCAAUUUUUCUAUUACUAUAUUUAUAACAGAUCAAAGUACUGUUUAUGUUCAAAUGUACAUUAUUUUUGUAGAUACCUUGAGCUGAAAUGUAAAGAAAAUACUUAAAGCCUUAUAAACAACU